AAAUUGAGUUUAAAACAUGGCUGAACGUUUGGAGUGCACAUAUCAGAACUUGAGCAGCAGAUUUCUGGUAAAAUCGUUCGACUACCAGAAACAGUUUUGCCAUUUAUAUGCGCACCGUUUGGGAGAAAUGUCGCGUCUACUAACGCCGAUUAUACAAAAGAAGUUGGGCUCGCAGUACCCAAUCAAAAAACUUUGUGAAUUGCGCGGGGAGCAGAACAUAACAUGCAUUAUCAUUGGUACCAUCUACAAACAUCAAGCUCACAAGCCUAGCAUUCUGCGUGAUAUCUCUGAGGAGAACCAACUGGCGCCUCAACCACAGCGGCAAAACUAUUCGGAGCCUGAGGACAAGGUUAUUCUUGAGGAUGAAUUGCAACGCGUGCGCCUCCAAUUAGAUCAACUGCAAGGUCAUCUAAUGGCCACUGGCGUCGUUUGCGCUGUUCUGGGUGACACCGACAGCGACGGUCAUUUUGAUGUAAAGGAAAUAAUCUACCAUGAAAGUGGGCCCCAAAGGCCACUAACCACACGGGGACACAGCCGCCUUCUAGUGUUAGUUUCAGGCUUGGAUCAGCUACAGGCGCACAACUACUACGAUGCCCUAAACAUGUUUCAGUAUUGGUUGAGCGGCAGUCUCGGAAACUCCACCGACGCGAAGUCUAUGCUGAGACUCAUCGUAGCGGGUAAUUCUGUGCGCAGCACCGCCGUGGCUCACGUACCCACUCUUCAGGUGGCUCGUAACCAAGCGAAUGCCAAUGAUACUGUGCAGGCGGUCACUCAAUUAGACAGCUGGUUCGCAUCGUGGGCUCAGGCACUAAAUGUGGACGUCAUGCCGGGUGCCUAUGAUCCGGCAAACUUUAUGCUGCCCCAGCAGCCCUUUCACAGAUGCAUGUUUCCUCAGGCCUCGGAGCUUGCCUCGUUUCAAGCGGUUUCUAAUCCCUAUGCCUGUCUAAUCGACGAUGCGCUAGUUGUGGGCACCGCCGGUCAAAAUGUAGCCGAUCUGCUACGUAGUACUUCGGUGGAAUCUUCGCUACAAGCUCUACGUUGCACCCUUACGUGGGGCCAUCUAGCACCAACAUCACCUGACACACUGGCCUGCUAUCCAUACACCGACAACGACCCUUUUAUAAUGCACGAAUGUCCCCAUGUUUACUUUGCCGGCAAUUGCGACUCAUUCGAAACUGAACUGCAUGUCGGCGCAGAUGGAAAGCAAACGCGUCUGAUCUGUGUGCCAAACUUUAGCAAGACGCAAUCUGUCGCAGUAGUGGAUUUGGACACGCUUGAUUGUCGUCAAAUUGAUUUUAAUGUAGAUGGUAGUUAAAUGAGCUGGUAUUAAAGAAAGUUACGCAUUUUUAUAUGUACUUA